AUGACAACUUCUCCUACAUCAAUCCCCCCUUCCUUCGAUCCUGCCUUAUAUCUUCACUCCGAGGAACCUGGGGACAGAGGGCCGCCCUCAGAAUCCUUCUCUGACGACCUCGAGGCCUUGCACCUCCAGCGACUGGAGAAUAUCCACAACAAGGUCGUUAUACAACACCGAGCCUGGAAUUUGUCCGACGUGUUUCGAAGUGACGAGGAGGAUAUUAGGCCUUACACACCAACCAAAUCCUAUCAAAGGCCGCAAAAUAAGACCACCAUCGAUUCUCCUUCUCGCUCACUAGCAUUUCUACCGUCUUCUCCACCUGUUGCAAAAAUGCCGUUCAUUUCGUCUCCCGUCGUGUUCCCGUCCAGUGCUCUCUCGCCGGAAUCGCAGAAGAGAAAGAACGAUGAACAGUCGUCAACAAAACCCAAGCGGCAGAGGAUCAUGGGAGGAUUUCUGGACGAGGAUGAUGAAGAUGACAUGGAAGUAUUCGGGGAGGCCCACCUUGUCAACCAAUUCGAGAUUCAAGAACAACCUAUUGAGCAGGAGUCUAUCCAGCUUUCCGAACAUAUAGAGCUUCCCAAAAAUGGCCCGGCAACUACAGCCACAGCUACCACCCAAAGUGUGGCUAAUCAAGUACGCGACAUGAGUGCAUCAAGGACUACGUUUUUGGGAUCAUUGCGAGGCGAUUCCGGAUCCGUUUACAUAAAAACUUGCUCUGGGAAAACACAGUUUGUUCCUUUGAGGAAACCGACAGGCCGGGUUUCAUAUGAAAGGCUCGUUGCCAGUCGUUCUACCACGGCCUCUGGAAGGGCACAGAGAAGCUACUACGGUAUCGACAUCCAUAAACUUCUAGACGAAGCUGCAAAGGAGUCGGUGCGUAUAGAGGCCUCUAAAUUGUCAUCCGGUCCAUCUGUUCGACCGUCUAUUGAGACAUGCGCCGCAAACCAGAAAACCAGGAAGAGUGCAGCAUCAAUGUGGACUGAGAAAUACCGAGCACGGAAGUUCACUGACCUGAUAGGAGAUGAACGGACGCAUCGAUCGGUCUUGCGCUGGCUGAAGGGUUGGGAGCCCAUCGUCUACCCGAAUUUAGCCAAGUCCAAACCAAAGAAGUCCGGCAAUAGCUCUGAGGAAGAAGAAAGACCGCACCGGAAGGUAUUGCUGUUGUGUGGACCCCCCGGUCUUGGAAAGACUACGUUGGCGCAUGUUUGUGCUAAGCAGGCGGGCUACGAAGUCCUGGAGAUAAAUGCCAGUGACGAAAGAAGUAGGGAUGUUGUCAAAGGGAGGAUUAGAGAUGCCCUCGGGACCGAAAAUGUGAAAGGAAUGAAUGUGGAAGUUGGCGAGCAAAGAGUACGGAAGGUUGGACGACCAGUCUGCGUAGUCGUCGACGAGGUAGAUGGUGUUGUCAGCGGAUCUGGGGCUGGCGGUGGCGAGGGAGGUUUCAUGAAGGCAUUGAUUGAUCUUGUUCUCCUCGAUCAAAAGAAUGCCACACGCUCCGACCAGGAUUCCACCGGCAAAAAGCGAAAAGGUGAUACUUUCCGAUUCCUUCGUCCCCUCAUCAUGGUCUGCAACGAUGUUUACCACCCAAGUUUGCGGCCGCUGAGGGCAUCGUCCAUUGCCGAGAUGAUCCAUGUCCGCCAGGCACCACUUGAGAACGUUGUCUCGCGUAUGAAGAGCAUAUUUUCCAACGAAGGUAUCCCGGCCGAUAAUGAUGGAGUGAGACGUCUCUGUGAGGCGUCCUGGGGACUUGCUCGAAGAAAACAAGGAAGUUUCAAAAGUAGUGGAACGGCCGAAGGUGAUAUCCGAAGUGUUCUUGUGGCAGCUGAAUGGGUUGCGCAUAAGUUGAGAAACGAAAACACAGCAUCUUUGAGGUUGACAAGGAACUGGCUCGAGCAAAGAGUACUUAGCGAUGGCUCCGGCGGCUCAUUUUUCAAGGGCUUAAACCGAGGCGGCGUGCGCGACGUUGUGGACCGUGUGUUUACAGAUGGGGCAGGGCUAGCCAACGCCCCUGUUGGCACGGACUCUUUCUAUGAUGCUUUCAAUGGUAGUGACAAAGUGCCUGUGGGCGUUGCAGACCUCAGGAAGCGUCAUGCCAUCAAUCGACUGCGCGAGAUGGUCGAUGCUAGUGGUGAUCAUGACCGCUGCGUUGCCGAGUGCUUUGCUUCCUAUCCGUUGCAAGCGUACCAAGAUGAUACAUUCCUUUCGAAACCGAAUGCCGCCUAUGAAUGGCUCCAUUUCCACGACUACGUCUCAUCCAAGGUAUUCUCUUCCCAAGAUUGGGAGCUCAUACCAUACCUCAGCCAGUCAGUUGCAGCAUUCCACCAUCUAUUUGCCUCUUCCAAGGGUAAACGGAAUAUCAAUGCCACCGACGAAGAGGAAGAGGAGGAACACCCCUUCUCUGGACCCCGAGCAGAAUUCGCAGCGUUUGAGGCCCAAAAACAGAACCGUGCCCUCAUUACAGGGUUCCAGUCUUCUUUAUCUGCUCCGCUGCUUCGCCUAUUUCGAUCCACCGAUUGCGUAGUUAGCGAACUCAUUCCAAAUCUUAUGCGAAUGUUGUCACCUGAUGUGAGGCCGGUGAUUGUGCGUGGGGGUGGGGAGCAGAGGAGUGUGGCUAGCGUCCGCAAGGAAAGCGAAAGAGCCCUUGUGCGGUCAGCAGUGCGCGCUAUGAUAGGAUUAGGUGUCACGUUCGAAAAAGUGCGCGUCGAAAGCGAGGGUGGUUCGUAUGGGGGAUGGGCCUACCGAAUGGAGCCACCGAUAGACACGCUCGUAUCAUUUUCGAAGACAAAAGGACACCUGUCCGGGUCAGGCAGCUCAGGGCCCGUCCGGUAUGCGGUUCGUCAAGUCCUCGAUCAGGAGUACCGCAAAGAGACAGUGCGAAAGCAGUCUGAGGCAUUGAGCUCGUCCAAGCUCGGCAAGAAGGCCCGAAAGUCUGCUGAUGGCCAGGAGCCAGAGGACGAGGCAUCGAAGAAAAACGCACACAAGGAUGCUGUAGGUGUGAAGCGUGACUUUUUCGGGAGGAUUAUCCACGAACCAGCACCGCCGGUGGAGAGUUUGCUGGAGCGGACCCUGCAAAAUGAGGCGUCGAAGGCAGGUAGAAAGGCCUGGGUGACCUACCACGACGGUUUUUCAAAUGCCGUGCGGAAGCCGAUAUCUCUGAGUGAGCUGAUGGCUGGACUUUAG